GUCCUCACGUCCUCACCGAACAAGCUGGGGCCAAGAUCCAUGCAUGCAUGUGUUGGACGCUUGAUGCCAUUCCAGUCGAGUCGAGUCUUCUGGCUACGAAUUAGUUUCGUGGUGUACCGGUAGAGGAUAGAGUCGAGUGACAGUCAGUCGUCUGGCUAGCUAGAUCGAUCAAUCUACAUGAGUUUCAGUUUGAUGGAGCAUUGUACCGUACGUUUGUGUUAGCUUGACUCCAAACAAACUGCUAUAGUAUAGUAGUUGACGAUGAAGAACCCCAAGAAACCCUCCCACAAUGGCGAUGCCGCUGGGCACGCCGAGUUUCGCCGUUGGGUGUACAGCCUGACUCGAUCUCAGCUGUUGAAUGCCAUGGAGUUUUCGGUAUAUGUGGAUAGUAGUAGUGGCGUGAGCCAUGAAUACGAGUUGUUUUUGGAGAUGAUCACCCUCCAGCCACCGCCCUUUUGCCCCAUUCAUCCUCGAGCUGUCCCGUACCCAGUGGCCAGUGGCAAGGCCAAGACAGAUGGUCGGAAUACGGCCGUCAAAAUGCUCAAGAGUCGCAUCCAACAACCCCGAAUAUUCCAGUUUUUGGCCACGUCAAACAGUGCCAAUAACAACAUCAACAACAACAACAAUAAUGGCAGGAGACGCAAUGGGCAGCGAAAAAGGACGGCCCCUGUAGAGCAACGAUUCGAAGUGAUUGCCCGAAAAUUCAUUACCAGUUGGGGUGACGCCUUGAAUAUUGGCUGUACGCAAGAACAACGAAUGGCGGAUGAGCAAAUCAUGAGAGGGACACUGGUCGUCCACGCGGCAAUGGAUGGAUGCGUUUUAAAUGAGUGA